AUGGUUGCCUCAUGUAAAAGAAUUUUCCGGGAGUGAGCAGAGCAAAAUUACACGUAAAAACAUUUAGAAGGGGAUACAAUUAUAAACACAACAUCCGAAAAAGAAAAAAUAUCUAUCUGUGAUUUGAAAUUAAAAGAAAAUGAGUAAAAAUAUUUAAGAAAAUAAUUGUGUGUGUAUGUAAUUAGAAUAAAUGGCAACUAGAAUAUAAUAAAAUCAAUAAUCCCUUUGGUGUUUCAUACAUACGCAUAUAAAUAGUGAAAUAGUGUCUCUGCAAUUGAUCGCAUAAUUUUGUAGUCAACUUGAAAGCCAAGCAAGCCAAUGUUUUCAACAUUCUUCGGAAUUCUGUAAUCAAAAUCAACCAUAGUGGUCGUUUUCGGUUUGAGCAACGUGCGUGAGUGUUUACAAUAUAUUAUCUGUGGAAAAUAGAAAAUUUAGCAACAACAACAAAUCACCUGCCAUUUUGCCAGCCGCCUCCUGCCAGUCAGUCUGUCUGGAUUUCUUUUUUGAAAAUUCACGCACAAGAAUCAAGAAUGAGUUCGCCAAUUGUGACAAGGCGGGGAGCACAAAAAGCUAAAAUACAAACGCGAGCCAUGGUCAAAUCAUCAGUUGAGAAUCGCAAGCCGAAUGCAGCAUUGAUGGAGGCGAAACGGAAAGCUAAGCUAUUGAAAAUGCAACAACCCACACAAUUGGAUGGAACAGUUAAGGAUAUAUUUCAAAAUGCUGUUAACGCAAAAUAUAUGAAACAACGUCCCACGGGUUUGGUGUAUGACGAAUCAAUGUCCCAACACCGUUGCCUAUGGGACGACAAACAUCCAGAAUGUCCCGAGCGUUUUAUAAGGGUACUGGAUCGUUGCCGAGAAUUGAAUUUGGUAGAACGAUGUCAGCUCAUAUCAUCGAGACGAGCAACAAAAGAUGAAAUCAUGCUUUUGCACAGUGAGGAACAUUACAAACUUUUGGAAAAGACAUCAGGGGUACAUGACGAUGAGAAAAUGGAAGAUUUUAGUUCACAUUAUGACUCAGUUUAUAUACAUCCAACCACAUUUGAUUUGUCACUACUGGCAGCUGGUUCAACCAUAGAUUUAGUAGAAAAUGUUGUAAGCGGUACGAUACAAAAUGGCAUGGCCAUAAUAAGGCCACCGGGACAUCAUGCCAUGAAAGCCGAAUUUAAUGGAUAUUGCUUUUUCAAUAAUGUGGCCAUUGCUACACAAUAUGCCUUGGAUAUACUUAAAGUAAAUAAGAUUUUGAUUAUUGAUUGGGACGUGCACCACGGCCAGGGAACACAGCGUUUUUUCUAUCACGAUCCACGAGUCUUAUAUUUUUCGAUUCAUCGAUUUGAACACGGCACCUUUUGGCCGAAUCUCAAGGAGUCCGAUUUCGAUGCCAUCGGUUAUGGUCCUGGUUUAGGUUAUAAUUUCAAUCUACCACUGAAUAAAACCGGCAUGACAAACGGCGAUUACCUAGCCAUAUUUCAACAGAUUUUAAUACCUGUGGCCUGUGAAUUUCAACCGGAAUUAAUAAUCGUUUCUGCCGGCUAUGAUGCAGCCCUGGGUUGCCCCGAGGGCGAAAUGGAAGUUACACCUGCCUUUUACAGUCAUCUAAUAAAUCCUCUUUUAAAGUUGGCUAAUUCCCGCCUGGCCGUAGUUUUAGAGGGAGGUUACUGUUUGGAAUCUUUAGCCGAAGGUGCUGCCUUAACACUGAGAGCUCUUUUGGGGGAACCUUGUCCGGCCUUGGUAGAGAAACUGGAGCCACCGUGUCCCUCCAUACAAGAGUCCAUUUUUAAUUGCAUUUAUGCCCAUCGAUCGUACUGGAAGUGCUUGCAAGCACAAGGUACCUAUACCAUGGAAGACAUCAACAAUGUUAAUCCACAAAAUAAUUUACACAAAGUAAGCCGGUUGUUUGUCGGAGGUCCGCCUCUGCCAGAACGUUUUCCGACAAGAGAUACGGCUCCCAAAAUUCCACUGGAUGUGAUUGAGCGCAAUGCACAACGUUUAAAAAGACUUAAAGCAGAAACCAAAUUGUUUUCGCCUAAGGUUCGGGUCUGCUAUGUCUAUGAUGAACUUAUGUUACAACAUGCCAACACUUACGAAGAGGGACAUCCCGAGCAACCUGCACGCAUACAAAGAAUCUACGAAAUGCAUCAAGAUUACAAAUUAUUAGAACGCAUGCAGAAGCUGCCAUCUCGCUCAGCAACAACAGAUGAAGUUUGUUUGGCCCAUACGAGGUCGCAUUUGAACUCGAUUCGACGUAUUGGGGAAAAGGAUGAGCUCCAGAAUAUGGGUGCCAAGUUUAAUUCAGUUUACUUCCAUCCUAAAACAUUCGAGUGCGCCACACUGGCAGCGGGCUCAGUAUUGCAAGUUGUGGACAAGGUGGUCAAGGGAGAGGCACGUAGUGGUGUUUGCAUUGUAAGACCCCCGGGCCAUCAUGCCGAAUCUGAUGUACCACAUGGUUUUUGUAUUUUCAAUAACGUGGCUAUUGCUGCCCAAUACGCAAUUCGUGAUCAUGGCCUGAAAAGAGUUCUUAUUGUUGACUGGGAUGUUCAUCAUGGCAAUGGUACACAGCAUAUAUUCGAGUCGAAUCCGAAUGUUUUAUACAUAAGUAUACAUCGUUACGACAAUGCCUCCUUCUUCCCCAAGAGUAAAGAUGGCAACUUUGAUUGUGUUGGCAAGGGCGCUGGCAUUGGAUUCAAUGUAAACAUUCCAUGGAAUAAGAAAGGCAUGGGCGAUUUGGAAUACAUAAUGGCCUUCCAGCACAUAAUCAUGCCAAUUGCAUAUGAAUUUGAUCCGCAAUUAGUUUUGGUGUCGGCCGGUUUCGAUGCUGCCAUUGGAGAUCCUCUUGGCGGUUGCAAGGUAACGCCGGAAGCUUAUGGGCUUUUUACACACUGGUUAUCGGCACUGGCUAAUGGCCGGAUAAUAGUCUGCCUGGAAGGCGGUUAUAAUGUCAAUUCAAUAUCAUAUGCCAUGACUAUGUGCACAAAGUCAUUGUUGGGAGAUCCUAUACCUCCGGUGCAGUUAAAUGGCAGUUAUAUACGUCCACCUACGGCGGCCUAUUUAAGUUGCAUCGAAACGUUACAGAACUGCAUAAGUGUUCAGGAGCGCUAUUGGAAAAGUCUAGCCUUUGGAAAACGGCUACCCCAGGUGUCGGGCGAAAACAACAACGAGGAUUUUCUUUCUGCUACUUUACAAAAUUUAGAUAUUACAAGGGAUGAUGUUCAGGGUGCUGCUGGUGGUUCUGGCGACGCCCAACAGGAUAUAUCUUUAGAGGCAAGUGGCAGUAAACCGAAGGUAAAAGUUAAAACCCUAACAGAAUUUCUCACAGAGCACAUGCAGGCAUUUGAAAAUAAUGAAAUGUUUGCUGUUGUGCCCUUAAAGCAUUGUCCUCAUUUGUCACAGCUGCAUCCUGAGGAUGCGCCAAAAUCAAUAAAUACAAACCAACCAUGUAAUGAAUGUUCCUCGGUGGCAGAAAACUGGAUGUGUCUCAGUUGCCACGAAGUGUUGUGCGGUCGUUAUGUAAUGGAACAUAUGAUGUUCCACAAUAUAGAAACAUCCCAUCCGAUGGCUUUGAGCUUUAGUGAUUUAUCCGUGUGGUGUUAUCCUUGUGAAUCGUACAUUGACAAUAGACAACUACAUGUAUACAAAAAUCUAGCACAUUUAAAUAAAUUUGGCGAGGAAAUGCAAUGGGCGUAUGAGGAAGAUGAACAACCGGACAAGAGCAAACGCAAAGAUGACGACAGUGAUGAUGAUGAUGACGACGACGACAGCAGCAGUUGCAGUCGACCAUUUGGCUCUCAGCAAAACUAUUACAUACAACUGAAUGUAGAUUCGAAUAACUGACAUUUACUCACUGCACUGGUGGAGACAGUGCAGCAUCAUUUGUGUUCGCUGUUUCCUUCGUUGCGUCCAGUCUUUCAAUUUCUUUUGCACUACAUUUGCCCCUUGGUACAACGUCUGUGUACACAUAUUUUGCAUUAUUUUAUGGCGAAUUGAUUAGUUGUAGCUUUGAUUAAAUUGCUGACCAUGCCAAUACUUUUUUAUGCAUGUCCUUGUUAAGAAAACUAAUUGUGUCUUCAACAAUGAAGGCCCCUUUCACCUCCACACUGAAACUCGAAGAAUUGUUACAUUCUUUACAAUUUUACAAAUUCUGUUUCUGUUAUACUUAAUAUUUGCUAUCCUAAAACUCUAUAUACAAAUGUUUUUAUUGCAAACUUUACCCAAUUUUAUUAGUAUUAUUGGAUUUAUGUUGAUUUAAAUUUUCAUUAUACGACCAAUUAUUUGUUAUUAAAACAAAACCACAAAAUAAUGUUGACUUUUUAUCUCUAACGUUUACAAGUACGAAGAAAAUUAAACUAGACAUAGAUAUACACUAACUAAUUUAAUACAACAAAUAUCAUAAAUGUAGUUUAGAUCGAUUGUAAAAUAAUUACAAAUUAGCCCUAACAAAUACAUAUUCAAUUGCAUCCACAUCAAUAUGACCAUUAUAAUCAUACUUGACUAUAAUCAUUGUAACAAAUUAGGAAUGAUGUUGUACAUUUUAAGUUUCAUUACAAAAAGAAAGAAAAACACAAAACACAUUAAUAGUUUUAGUUUUGUUAUAGAAAAACAACAAAAAUAAACAAAUCGGAAGUAACAUUUAACGGACAAAUUAAAUUAAUUAUUGUGUACUCUAAAAUAA